UACUCUCUGGUACGGAUUAGAAUAUUCUUCUGAAGAUGGUUAAACAUUCAAUAACCUUACAAGAAAAUGACAACAGGGAUGUCAUUUACACAGAUACUCAAUGGAAAAGAUGAUAAAAGAAAGGAAGAUGCCAUCAAGUCAUUUAGAGUUUCAUCCAAUCAAUGGAAGGCCUUGCGGUACUUCUUCUUUGUUCCUUUAUGUUGUCUAAUUUAUCUGUAUCCAUUGCAGAGGGCACGUUGAAUACAACUCAGUUAAUUAGAGAUGGAGAAACGAUAGUUUCAGUAGGUGGAAAAUUUGAGCUGGGUUUCUUUAGCCCAGGUUCCAGCACCCAUCGAUACUUGGGAAUAUGGUACAGGAAUAUACCAGUCCAGACGGUUGUAUGGGUGGCCAAUAGAGAAGUGCCCCUCAAGGAUUUGUCAGGUGUUCUAAAACUUACCGACCAGGGGAUUCUAGUCCUUCUAAAUUUUGAUAGGAGCACUGUUUGGUCUUCCAACUCAUCCAGACCUGCUCGUAGUCCAGUUGCACAGCUCUUGAAUUCAGGAAACCUCAUUGUCAAAGAGAAGAAUGAAAAUAAUCCUGAAAGCUACUUGUGGCAGAGCUUUGAUUAUCCAUGUGAUACAUUUCUACAAGGAAUGAAGCUCGGAAGGAACUUAAUCACAGGCCUGGACCGUUACCUGUCAUCCUGGAAGAGUCCUAACGAUCCUUCUAAUGGUAAUUUUACUUAUAGGUAUGAGGUUGGUGGGUUUCCAGAGUUUGUACUGAGAGAGGGUUCAGUUGUGCGAUUCCGUCCUGGUCCCUGGAAUGGUUUGCGGUUUAGUGGCACACCUGAACUAAAACCAAAUUCUUUAUUUACAUUUGGAGUUGUGUUCAAUGAGAAGGAGGUAUAUUUCAGCUACAAGCUUCGUAAUGACUCAAUUCUUUCGAGGUUGGUGUUAACUCAGGAUGGAUUUUGGCAGCGCAAGAAUUGGAUUGAGAGAACACAAGCUUGGGAAGUUUAUGUUACAGUACAAAUGGAUAUCUGUGACAAUUACGCACUGUGUGGUGCUUAUGGUAGCUGCAACAAAAGUAACUCCCCAGAAUGCAGUUGCUUGAAAGGAUUUGAGCCAAAACUUCCAGAAAAGUGGGACACUAAAAUUUGGUUAAAUGGGUGUGUUCGAAAGACUCCAUUAAACUGCUCUAGCGAUGAAUUUAUAAAGUACUCUGGGGUAAAGUUGCCAGAUUCGCGACAAUCCUGGUUUAACUACAGUAUGAAUCUUGAGGAGUGCAAGAACAUCUGUAAAAGGAACUGUUCGUGUACAGCUUAUGCAAAUUUGGAUAUAAGGAGAGGAGGAAGUGGAUGCUUGCUUUGGUUUGUUGACCUGGUUGACAUUAGAGAGUUCACUGAAAAUGGACAAGAAAUUUAUAUAAGAGUGGCUGCAUCAGAACUAGACCAAACUGAGAGUUUCAAGUCAAAUGAGAAGGGAAAAAUGAGGACUGCAGUCAUCUCUAUGGUGCCUAUAGCAGCGCUGAUCCUUGGCCUAGCCUUGAUCUUGUAUCUUUGGAGAAAGGCACGCGUCAAGAAACCUGGAUUGUUGGCAUCUGUCCCUGAAAGCAGUUCUAAUGGUAAAACUCAUAAGGAAGACCUAGAGUUACCAUUAUUUGACUUAGCCACAAUUUCUUGUGCAACCAAUAACUUUUCAACAACAAAUAAACUGGGAGAAGGUGGCUUUGGACCUGUCUAUAAGGGGAUCAUGAAGGAUGGACAAGAAAUUGCUGUAAAGAGGCUAUCAAAAAGUUCUAGACAAGGACUUGAUGAAUUCAAAAACGAAGUCAUACACAUUGCAAAACUUCAGCACCGGAAUUUGGUGAAGCUUUUAGGGUGCUGCAUUCAAGGAGAUGAAAAGAUGCUGAUCUAUGAAUUUAUGCCUAACAAAAGCCUGGACUUCUUCAUUUUUGAUCAAUCUAAAAGCAUGUCACUUGAUUGGCAUAUGCGUUACCACAUUAUCAAUGGAAUUGCUCGGGGGCUCCUUUAUCUCCAUCAAGAUUCAAGACAGAGAAUAAUACAUCGAGAUCUGAAAGCUAGUAAUAUUUUAUUAGACAAUGAAAUGAAUCCAAAAAUUUCCGACUUUGGACUGGCUAGAAGUUUUGGAGAAAAGGAAACUGCAGCAAAUACGAAGAAAGUGGUGGGAACAUAUGGUUACAUGGCUCCUGAGUAUGCAAUUGAUGGGCUCUACUCCAUUAAAUCUGAUGUGUUUAGCUUUGGUGUGUUGGUACUAGAGAUAGUGAGUGGGAAGAGAAACAGAGGAUUCUGUCAUCCAGAUCACCAGCUUAAUCUUCUUGGACAUGCAUGGAGACUAUAUUCUGUAGGAGAUUCCUUCGAGUUGAUAGCAUCACCAAUUAAGGAAACCUGCAAUCUUUCUGAAGUGUUAAGAUCGAUUGAUGUAGGCCUGUUAUGUGUGCAACAAAGUCCAAAAGACAGACCAAGCAUGUGUAAUGUGGUUCAGAUGUUGGGUAGCCAAGGCCCCUUGCCUCAGCCUAAACAACCAGGUUUUUUCACUGAAAGGGAUCUAGUUGAAUCUAGUUCUCCAUCAACUAAGCACAAACUGUUUUCAUCUAAUGAUUUCACAAUCACACAAUUAGAGGCAAGAUCAAAAGAUCAAAACAUGCCUUCAAAUCUGCGGUGUUUCAUCCUAUCAAUGGAGGGCGCUGCCGUAGUACUUGUUUGUUCCUUUCUGUUGUUUACUCUAUCUACAUCCACUCCCGUGGACAUCUUGAAUGCAACACAGUUGAUUAGAGACGGGGAGACGAUCGUUUCGGAAGGUGGACGAUAUGAACUAGGAUUCUUUAGCCCAGGCGUUAGCAGGAGAAGAUACUUGGCAAUAUGGUACAAGCAAAUACCUGUCCAGACCGUUGUGUGGGUGGCCAACAGAGAACUUCCCAUCAACGAUACAUCAGGAGUUCUAAAAGUUACCAACCAGGGGAUUCUAGUCCUUCAAAACCAUGAUGGUAACUUGAUUUGGUCUUCCACCUCAUCCAGACCUGCUCGUCGUCCAGUUGCAGAGCUACUGAAUUCAGGGAAUCUUGUUGUGAAAGAGGAGAAUGAAAAUAAUCCUGAAAACUUCUUGUGGCAAAGCUUUGAUUAUCCUGGUAAUACGUUCCUACCAGGCAUGAAGCUCGGAAGGGACUUAAUAACCGGACUGAAUCGUCACCUGUUAUCCUGGAAGAGUCCCGAUGAUCCUUCUCAUGGCAAUUUUACAUAUGGGGCUGAGGUUGGUGGAUUUCCAGAGUUUAUUUUGAGAGAAGGUUCAAUUGUUCGAUAUCGUAAUGGUCCUUGGAAUGGUUUGCGGUUUAGUGGCACACCUGAACUAAAACCAAAUCCUAUAUAUACAUUUGGAGUUGUGUUUAAUAAGAGGGAGGUAUAUUACGGCUACAAACUUCGUAAUAUCUCAAUUCCUUCAAGGAUGGUGUUAACUCAGAAUGGACUUUGGCAGCGCCUGAAUUGGAUCGAUAGAACAAAAGCUUGGGAAGUUUAUGUUACGGUACAAAUGGAUGGCUGUGAUAAUUAUGCACUGUGUGGUGCAUAUGGUAGCUGCAACAUAAGUAACUCCAUCAAAUGCAGUUGCUUGAAAGGAUUUGUGCCAAAAGUUCCAGACGAAUGGGAAACUUUGCAUUGGUCAAAUGGAUGUAUUAGAAAGACCCCAUUAAACUGCUCUAGUGAUGGGUUUGUGAAGUGCUCUGGGGUAAAGUUGCCAGAUUCGCGAAAAUCCUGGUUUAACUACAGUAUAAACCUUGAGGAGUGCAAGAAUCUUUGCACAAAAAACUGCUCCUGUACUGCUUAUGCAAAUUUGGAUGUUAGAAGAGGAGGAAGUGGAUGCUUGCUUUGGUUUGUUGACCUGGUUGACAUUAGAGAGUUCACUGAAAAUGGGGAAGAAAUUUAUAUAAGGAUGGCUGCAUCAGAACUAGGAUCACUGACCGUCGUCAGAGAAAGCAAUUCUAAUAUAAAAAAUCAUAUGGAAGAUCUAGAGUUUCCAUCAUUCAACUUUGCCAGAAUUGCUUGUGCAACUGAUAACUUUUCAACAAAUAAUAAACUGGGCGAAGGUGGUUUUGGAUCUGUCUAUAAGGGUAUCUUGGAGGAUGGACAAGAAAUUGCUGUGAAGAGGCUAUCAAAAGCUUCUAGACAAGGACUAGAUGAGUUCAAAAAUGAAGUCAUACACAUUGCAAAACUUAAGCACCGGAAUUUAGUGAAUCUUCUAGGAUGCUGCAUUGAAGAGGAUGAAAAAUUACUGAUCUAUGAGUUUAUGACUAACAAAAGCCUUGACUUCUUUAUUUUUGAUGAAACUCAAAGGAUGCCAUUAGAUUGGUCUAUGCGGUACAACAUUAUCAAUGGGAUUGCUCGGGGGCUCCUUUAUCUCCAUCAAGAUUCAAGACAAAGAAGAAUACAUAGAGAUUUGAAAGCUGGUAAUGUUCUACUAGACAAUGAAAUGAACCCCAAAAUUUCAGACUUUGGCCUGGCUAGAAGUUUUGGAGAAAAAGAAACUGAGGCAAAUACAAAGAAAGUGGUGGGAACAUAUGGUUACAUGGCCCCUGAGUAUGCAAUUGAUGGUCUCUACUCCACUAAGUCUGAUGUCUUUAGCUUUGGGGUAUUGGUGCUAGAGAUAGUGAGUGGGAAGCGUAACAGAGGAUUCUGUCAUUCAGAUCACCAGCUUAAUCUUCUUGGGCAUGCUUGGAGACUAUUUGGUGAAGGAAAAUCCUUGGAGUUGAUUGCAUCACCAAUUAGGGAAACCAGCAAUCCUUGUGAAGUGUUACGAUCAAUUCAUGUAGGUCUUUUAUGUGUGCAACGAAGUCCAGAAGAUAGACCAAACAUGGUCAAUGUGGUUCUGAUGAUGGGUAGUCAAGGCCCCUUGUCUCCGCCUAAACAACCAGGCUUUUUCACCGAGAGAGAUCCGGUCGAAGCCAGUUCUUCCUCAAUGCAUCAUCACAAACCGCUUUCAUAUAAUGAUCUCACCAUUACAGAGUUGAAGGCAAGAUAAUCAAAAUUUCAUGCCAAUUGGUGCAUUUGUUCAGAAGUUAGCUCAUUGCCAAUAUUGUAUACUUGAUGUUUUUGAAACUUUGAAUGUUGUCAAAGUUUUAACUUUACAAUUUGUAAGUUCUAAUUAUUAUAUAACUAGGAUAGUAUCCGUAGUUACGUUUUGGAAAAGAUCAUAAGAAAUAUAGAUUAUG